GGUACAUCCUAUACCUACCAUCUUACCAGACAGCAGGCGGAUGCCUUAAUAUCUUGUUGAAGAUAAAACUGAUCCACAGGCGUAUAGGUUCGCUUAUUUCUUUUUUAAACAGCUUCCCGAAAUAUUGAAUCAAUCAUGGUACGAGGAGUCAGCCAGCUUCUUAAAUUUUCCCGGAAGAGCACGCCAGACGACCCGCUACCUCCAGCGUCCGUGCCAAUUGAUUCUGCGCGCCGCAAGAUGGAGCAGAGGGUACCGCUCGCUCGCUCGAUUCUAGACCACCCGGAAUCGAUCGACUCUCAGUUACAAUCUCCUCUCUUCGGAAAGCUCCCCAGAGAGCUGCGCGACCUAGUUUGGCGCUUUUCUCUAACGCGUUACGAAGAUCUCGACCGCCUCUACGAUAUCCGGAAGCCCUAUGCUAGACCCGGGCAAGCUGCCCCGCUACGGGUUGCUGUUCAGCUUCUUCGAACGUGCCGGGCUGUAUAUGUCGAAGCCUUUCUUACGCCCUUUCAAGUCAACCCGAUAAUGAUAUUCCACGGCGACGACAACGACAUCCCCCCGGGUAUCCCGCUAAUGCGCACGACGGAGAAUCAAUUUCUAUGCGGGGAGCUAAGAUUCUGGCAAUUUGCAAACAUAUCAUCCGUUGAGACGACAUUGCAGCAGAUAAACUUGGAAGGUGGUGGACUCGAGCGAGUGUCUCGUCUGGUCGGAACGAUAGGUCGGCACCACGGGCAUGAGAGUAGAGGCUACGCGGCUACAGGUUACGCGUGUUUUGUAUCGCCUACUGAGUCCAGCAGAAGUACCAGUGAGGUCAACUGGAAGGAAGAACAUGGUGGCCAACUAUCAUCUCUACCGAACCCACUUGUGGGUAGAAAAAUUACACGUUUAUCUAUCCGCAUGUCUCGCACCGACUGGUGGGGCUGGGAGAGUAGACCAGAGGAGGGUGAAGCAUCCCCUUCGGAGAGGCUCCGUCUAGAACCAAUGAUUAAUGUCACAGAUCUCUGGAAGAGACCCGCCAACUACUUAGCCAUGACGAAAGGCUACGAAGCGCGAAAAGCAGGCGACGAGCCUGACUUUCAACUAGACGAUUUUGAAAAGCAGGGGCGCUGGGGCUCUCAGAUAAGAGAGUAUUGGCCAGACCUCACAACGCUCGAGCUUGUUCUGGAGACGUUUUCAUGCAAGAAAAAUCAGCUGGAUCAUGUCGUGCAGUGUGCUAAAUUAUGGACGUUUCCACUAGAUGAAGGAUUCCACCUUGUGUGGGAUGGUAAAGAAGAACUAAUCCGAUGGCGCGGUGCCCAUUCUUACGAGUACGAGUAUCGAGACUGGUUUACGGCUCACAAUAUACCCCAAGGUGCCGAGGCGCAGAGUUCAACAGCGAUUCAAUGGAGGCCCUCUCAAGGCAAUAGCGGGAGUGAUACGAAUGGCCAGGAAUUCAUUAUUCAGACAUUGACUUUUAGACGGGAAAGGGUUAAGGACCAUAUCGACGGGGACAGAUCUUAAACGUCGCAUGAGAGUGGAGGAAUUUAGGUUGAGUUCAGGGGCUGGGGUGAAUUUUCUAUCCAACUUUGAUCGUCAGCGUCUCAAAUCUAGUAGGCAUGGUAUGUCAUUUAUGAAGCUUUUGUGGCGUCAUUCGUUUGUUACCUCUCUCUUGCGGUCUCGAGUUAUUCUAUGUAUAGUGUUACGUUACCAAUACCCAGGCAAUUGGACAUAGAUCUAACCUUA